UAAUUAAUUUAGAAGUAUUCGGUGUGUGCAUAAGCGGAGUCCAAGAGGUAAGAGGAGAAACAGAAUUGAAAGAGAAGAAGGAGAAUCUAAUCGAACCAGAAAUCAGGAACCAAAAUCCUUCGCUUCAGAUUCGCCAACUGUGAAAUCCAAUCGCAUUCGGAAGCAAUCUCUCAAUUGCUUCCGGCGACAACAAUGGCCUCCGACAGCGAAAUUUCCCCCGCCGUCGCUCGCAAGGCUCCCGGCAAGGAGCAACAAGCCGCCGGCGUCGGAAUACUCCUCCAGAUCAUGAUGCUCGUGCUUUCCUUCGUCCUCGGCCACGUUCUCCGCCGGAAGAAGGUUUACAUCAUCCCCGAAGCAAGUGCUUCGCUCCUCAUAGGGUUAAUUGUUGGUAUACUAGCUAACAUUUCCGACACCGAAACUAGUAUCAGGGCGUGGUUCAAUUUUCACGAGGAGUUUUUCUUCCUGUUCCUGCUACCUCCGAUCAUAUUUCAGUCUGGGUUCAGUCUCGCACCCAAACCCUUUUUCUCAAAUUUUGGAGCAAUUGUCACAUUUGCUAUAUUCGGUACCUUUAUAGCUUCAAUUGUAACGGGUAUCUUGGUCUAUCUUGGUGGCUUGCUCUUUCUAAUGUAUAGGCUACCAUUCGUUGAGUGCCUGAUGUUUGGUGCUCUUAUAUCAGCUACUGAUCCUGUUACUGUUUUGUCCAUAUUUCAGGAGCUGGGCACAGAUGUCAAUCUAUAUGCCUUGGUUUUUGGAGAAUCUGUUUUGAAUGAUGCAAUGGCAAUCUCUUUGUACAGGACAAUGUCAUUGGUUAAAGCUCAUCCAUCUGGACAAAAUUUACUCAUGGUGGUAGUUCGAUUUUUGGAGACUUUUGUUGGGUCAAUGUCUGCAGGUUUUGGAGUUGGAUUUAUCUCUGCUUUGCUAUUUAAGUAUGCAGGAUUGGAUAUUGACAACCUUCAGAACUUGGAGAGUUGUCUUUUUGUCCUUUUCCCAUAUUUCUCGUACAUGCUUGCUGAAGGCCUUGGUCUGUCUGGUAUUGUAUCAAUACUGUUCACGGGAAUAGUCAUGAAGCAUUACACGUAUUCCAAUUUGUCACAAAGUUCUCAAAGAUUUGUCUCUGCUUUUUUUGAGUUGAUAUCAUCUUUAGCUGAAACAUUUGUAUUUAUAUACAUGGGCUUUGAUAUUGCUAUGGAGCAACAUAGCUGGUCACACGUUGGAUUUAUAUUCUUCUCCAUUAUAUUCAUUGGAAUAGCAAGGGCAGCAAAUGUCUUUUCUUGUGCUUAUUUGGUCAAUUUGGUCAGACCUGCUCAUCGAAAGAUACCUCGAAAACAUCAGAAGGCACUCUGGUAUAGUGGACUUCGAGGAGCAAUGGCUUUUGCGCUUGCUCUGCAAUCAAUUCAUGAUCUUCCAGAAGGACAUGGACAGACUAUCUUUACCGCUACUACUGCAAUAGUUGUUUUGACAGUAUUGCUGAUUGGUGGUUCAACCGGUACCAUGCUGGAAGCUCUAGAUGUUGUAGGUGGAGACAGUCAUAACGAUAGCCCUUUGGCUUCAAUUGGUACCAUCACAAAUUUUGAUGACAACAAUGGUUAUAUUGCUCCACCUUACAAUGAAGAAUCAUCUUCAGGGAACAAAAUCAAGAUGAAGCUAAAAGAAUUCCAUAAGAGUGCUGCAUCUUUUUCGGCAUUAGAUAAAAACUACCUAACCCCAUUCUUUACAAGUCAAAAUGGAGAUGAAGAUGAUGAAGCCGAGCCUUUUACUUCUACAAGAUCGGGAUUUCAUGGCCAUAACCCCUAUUCAUCAUGAUUCGUUCCAGAAAACAUAUUGAAUGCUUCUUUUGUACAUAAAUUCUGUCAUGCAAUUUAUCGAUAGAGCGUAGGAAUUGCCGCAAUACAGGAAUCGAAAUUACCUCCUUCAUUCCAUGUUGUACGAUUCAGAAUCUCAUGUCAACUGUCAAGUCUCAUUUAGUUUGGACAACAUCAUCUCGGCAGAAAGAACAUUCCAUGCAGUUGAUGUUUUCCUCGGCCAGGAAGUUGGGGGCUUAUAAUUUGGAUCUCACCACACAUGUAAUUUUAAGCUGACAUUUUUACAGGUUUUGAUACUUAGUAUAGUUCAGUUGAAUUCUGAAAAUUCUAGUUCAGUUCAUCAUUAAGACAGUAAUAUUAUAUCUCAAAAUGAAUACAAUCAAGGAAAACUAUAUCUGAAAACAAAUACAUUAUGUAUUGUAGACGAGUCUUUAUACAGGUAGUGAAUUGAAGAUUGGUCAAAUAGUAUAGUUGGCACGUACGUGCAUAA